UUGGGGUUGCAAGUGACAAGAAUUGAGCUGGGAAUUUUGCAGCAAUCCCCUUCUCUUAACAGGAUUCCUCGAUUGAUACUUGGAUGCGGCGGUCCCUAUUGUUCGCUCGGCCGCUGCUGCGGGCUCUCGCACCUGUUCAACGCUUUCAGCUAGCAUCACACAGAUGCUUUGCGGCCACGCCCGAUCUCACCAUCGAUCAACGACGCGUCGCUGGGAAAAUUGAAAUCAAAACCAUCGACGACAAAAUCGCGGCUUUCACUCUGAACGAGAAAAUCCGUUCCUCCAAAGUCCAACUCAAAGGCCCCGACGGGAAGCUCUCUGAGCCGCAGCCCCUCUCCAAAUUGCUCGAUUCCAUUGACCGCGCUACCCAAUAUGUGCUACAAAUGAACAAGCCCGCAGAAGGCGAGAUGGCUAUUGUGCAGAUUGUCACACGUGCAGAGCUAAUCCAGAGGAUAAAUCGCCAAGAAGACUUGUUGAAGAACCAGAAACGCCUGGAGAAGGAGAAGAGACCGAAGCAGUUGGAGCUCAACUGGGCCAUCAGCGCCAACGACCUCCAGCUCAAGAUGAAGCAGAUGCAAGAGUUUCUAAAGAAAGGAAAGAAGGUUGAGCUACUAUUGGCAAACAAAAGACAUCAGAGGAAAGCCUCGCAGGCGGAAGCAGAGGCGUUGCUGAAGGCUGUUAGAGAAAAGAUCGAGGAAGUCGGUGCCGCCGAAGUCGUGCCUAUGGAGGGUGCGAUUCUCAGGCAGGCUCUCUUGACUGUCAAGAUGCGUGGAAGUUGAACAAGGAGUCUACCAGUAUCCGCCUGCGGUGGCACACAUAACGACCCUCUGGCCCCGUUACAGACGUCGAAAUCCGCUGUAUCAGUCCAGGGGUCGAGCUAUGGUCCUCUGGGAGUCUUGUGUCGACAGCAUGAAGGCAGAGUGGGCUCAUUGGAACAAAUCGCUGGAGGCACGGUUGUUGUCAUUCGAACCAUCCCCGGCGGGCGAUUUUCGCAGAACCUGAUGCGGCAAGAAUAUACCUUUGCCAGCGUGGCGAUCGAUCAGAAGUCCUAAGCGAGAAGGUCUUCAACUGACGCGCUGCGGGAACCAGGUUUCAAGAAUUUGGGUACCAUGAACGUCAAAUCUGUAAAUUUACAUUGUCCCACGACAUUGAGGGCUAUUUUGCCUCGGCGUAUCACAGUCGUAAAGUCAUCAGGGAUAAUUGUACAUAUACCAAAACCAGCUAUCUCCGGUUCAAGUGGUCAUUCCCACCCAUGAUUGGGGACUCAUGAAGUGGCUAUGACUCGCACUCAUCGCCGUUUCCACAUCGACCUUGAAUUGAACGCUUACCUCCCAUUUCUGCCCACUACUACCCAAACCAUACCCGCCGCUCAGCUUGUUGCGGACAAUACUCGUGAUCCGCUCCCUGAGCUUCACCAGGUUCUCUUCGCUGCCAACGACUCUCAGCCGCAGAUUCGCCAUUCCUGUUCCAUAAUGUGCUUGCCAGAACUUGGCCUGCUCCACUGCCCGCACCAAAGGGUCCGCUUCAAUGGUCGCCACCACUUCGGACAGAGCGGAGGCGGAUUUGGAAGGAAGAGACAUCAGGAGCAUCGAGCCAACAUUGCGACCAAGGUGGAAGCCCAGAAAGAGCAUGGAAAAUGCGAUGCUCAGCGACAGGGCC